AUGGCCGCCGCCGCCGCCGCCUCGCUGCAUGCCACGGCGGCCGCGCUGCACGGCGCCGUUGGCAAGUACAGAUCCGCCGCUAUCCCACAAGUGGCUACGAGCGUGCGGGUGGCCGCGGGGUCGAGGCGGCCGGGCUCGGCACGGGCGCGGGGCGGGCUGGUGGUGGCCCGCGCCGCCGCUGUCAAGGAUGAGGCGGCAGGCUCCACUGCUGGCGGGCAUGAGGUCUUGAUGUUUGAGGCCCUUCGUGAAGCUAUGAUAGAGGAGAUGACUUUGGAUCCCACAGUGUGCAUGAUUGGUGAAGACGUUGGUGACUAUGGAGGUUCAUACAAGGUGUCCAAAGGGUUAUCUGAGAUGUUUGGAGACCUCCGGGUCCUUGAUACCCCUAUUGCCGAGAACUCAUUCACCGGUAUGGGAGUUGGAGCAGCAAUGAAGGGGCUGAGGCCAGUUGUGGAGGGCAUGAACAUGGGUUUCCUUCUCCUCGCAUACAACCAGAUCUCAAACAACUGCGGCAUGCUUCACUACACCUCAGGUGGUCAGUUCAAGAUCCCAAUUGUCAUCCGAGGCCCUGGAGGUGUUGGCCGUCAGCUUGGCGCGGAGCACUCGCAGCGUCUCGAGUCAUACUUCCAGUCAAUUCCGGGCCUUCAGAUGGUGGCCUGCUCUACUCCUUACAACGCGAAGGGCCUUCUGAAGGCUGCCAUCAGGAGUGAGAACCCCGUGGUUGUGUUCGAGCAUGUCCUUCUGUACAACAUGAAGGAGAAGAUCCCCGAUGAGGACUACAUCUGCUGCCUGGAGGAGGCCGAAAUGGUGCGUCCGGGCUCGCAGGUGACCAUCCUCACAUACUCUCGCAUGAGAUACCAUGUGAUGCAGGCAGUCAAGACAUUGGUGAACAAGGGGUACGACCCUGAGGUCAUCGACAUCAGGUCCUUGAAGCCAUUCGAUCUACACACCAUCGGAAACUCCGUCAAGAAGACCCACCGCGUGCUGAUCGUGGAGGAGUGCAUGCGGACCGGCGGCAUCGGCGCCAGCCUGAGGUCAGCCAUCAUCGACAACUUCUGGGACGAGCUGGACGCUCCCCCGAUGUGCCUGUCGUCGCAGGACGUGCCAACUCCGUAUGCUGCACCUCUGGAAGAUGCGACCGUCGUGCAGCCUCCGCAGAUCGUGGCCGCCAUCGAGGAGAUCUGUCGAUAGCUAGGCCGCCGAUGUGGUUACAUGUUUUCUUCCAGGACUCAAAAGCAGCCGUGAUCUGCUCGCCUUGUGGAAGUGGUUUCCAUCUUCUUAAUUUGGUAACACUGAAUUAUACGCACCCUUAGCUAUUCUUUGUCGGCCCACCUGUUAAUUCUAUGAACUUUUGUGCUCAAUGUAAGUUCUUGUACUUAUCCGUGUUGAGGGUUUUUAACUUUUUGAUCA